AUGUCAACGUUGACACGUCACGGUUCCGGCAAAGUCAUGGGAGAAACGUCUUGCCUGUCGCAUCGUCAAAAUUGUCACUGGGACGAGACGCUCUCAACCCAAGCCCCUGCUUCCAGCCUGCAUGAGACAGUGGUAUACGUGGAUUGCUACAACAAGAUGGAUGAUGCAGAGACUCUGCUGGGAACGGCGACGGUGGAUCUGAAGAAGACAUCUCUGAAUGCCCACCGCCCAUCUGAAUGGCAAGACAUAGUUCAGCGAGGAAGCGAUCACAGGGGCCUGAUGGGCUGGUUUGAGUCGACAACACAGGGUGAGCCUGUUUGCGAUGAAGCUGUGAAGUGCGAGGUUGAGAGGAAAAGGGAUGCAGACGUGCUGUUGUUGUGGAUGUUUGUAACUAGUCCAGUAGAUGUGAUUGUCUUGCAACUUCUUGUCUUUGGUGUCAAUUCAUCGCAACGGGAGGACAAGAUCGCAGGACAGCUGCUGGUGCAGUCACGCUGGGAGAUGAAAGACGAUGAUGAGGAGGAGUGUCAGCGACUGGUUGAGGAGAUCAAGAGGAGAUGCGAGAACGACGAUUACUUGCGCAACAUCUUGUUUGGGAUCGUUCAGAAAUGGAAGCAUCGAUCGAUGCAGAGCUCAUUCAAAGCGCUCCAUCAUCACAUGAUGGCUGAACGAUUCAAGGGCGACAUGGCGGCCAAGUGGGAAGCACUCGGGGUCAGCAAGUUCCUGUGGGAGUGGCAGCACGUGAUAGAGAAAAAGAACAAGGCCAAGAAGAAAGAAAAGAUACAGCUCAGGACUCUCCGCAACUGCCAUCAGAACAAGUCGCUUCCCGACAUGCUGACCACGAGGCUCGGGGUCGACGAGUGGUCAAUCAAGAUCAUAUCCAACGCCCUCCGCACUGAAGCAGAGAUACAGGCUGAGCGUGUGGAAAAGGCGGAACAACUUGCCAAGAGGGUCAGGAAGGACCAGGCUCGACAAGCGCUGGAGGGCUGGUGGGACGUUGUGUUUGCCAAGGACACGUUCAAGAGGAACGACUAA